UUGUGGGGUAAAAUGGUGUUGAGGGUGGUGUAGUGCAUCACAAAUGUCUGUUCAAAUAGUGGUUUGUGCGAUUUAUUACUCGUGUUUUUUGUGUAGAACUGGAACAGUUGAAGUCUGAGCAACCACGGAUGCUCUCCCUUUGUAAUUAAUCUGGUGUGCGACUAGUAGAUUGUUCAGAAUAUUGGAAAAUGAGCGCCGCCGCGCAGUCUGCAGAAGGUGCGCAGAGCACGGACUCACGCAAAAGUGAACAGAGUAUUGCAUCGGCGCGGGCGUCGGUGAUGAUAUAUGAUGAUGUCAAUAAGAAAUGGGUACCAAGUGGCAGUUCUUCCGGACUGUCAAAGGUUCACAUUUACCAACAUCAGGUGAACAACACAUUUCGAGUUGUAGGACGUAAACUCCAAGAUCAUGAGGUGGUUAUCAACUGUGCCAUACUUAAAGGCUUGAAAUACAAUCAAGCAACUGCCACUUUUCAUCAAUGGCGAGACAACAAACAAGUGUACGGAUUAAACUUCAGCAGUAAAGAAGAUGCAGAUGCAUUUGCACGGGCUAUGUUGCAUGCGUUAGAUACUUUAAAUAACACUUUAUCUCGAUCUACGGGUCAGCCACCUCACCCUGCUAGCCAACAAGGAAUAUAUCAGCAGGGUAAUAGUCAAUAUGAUGAAGAUAUGGGAUACAGUCAGGUGGUUUCUCUUCCUCGUGUUGUACUGAACCAUCAAGUGACACCUGGGAGCUCCUCACGGAUAGCUGGGGGAGAAGUCCACAUGUCCAUUGUGCCUGGGAGGUAUCUGGUUCUUAAGUGCCUUUUAAUCAUCGCUUCACAAAGAAAUGCUGAACUUAUCAACUCAGUUGGUGGGGGAUGUAGUAGUUUCUUAGUUGGUUGGAUGGAUGAUGGCUUAUUUACUUGGGAAAGGCAAGAAGACAUCGCUAUAAAUGCAAGCUUGAAUAUCUCAAUCACCUUUGUAGAUAUGAGACCUUUAUCAGACUGUAAUAAUAUUAUAUGUAAAGUUAAAUUCCUUCCAAAUUUCUAUUGUCUUGUAUCUGCUUUCUUUUCUGAAAGAUUCAUUAAAUUUCUAUAUGACGAUGACUCGAGAAGAUGUGGCCAUAAUACAGGAGAGAAGAAUGUCCCAGCAACAGCAGAUCCUGGCAGUUCAUCACCUGGUGCACCAGCCCCUCCUGCUCCCCCAGGACAUCAUCGUACCUCAUCAGCUCCUCCUGCCCCACAACCGCCACCUAUGGCUCUGGCACCGGUGCCUUCUCCGCAAUCAGGCCCACCUCCGGCUCCUCCAGCUCCCCCUGCCCCUCCAUGCCCGCCAUGUCCCCCAUGGAUGAUGGCCCCCCAGCCCCCUGCACCGCCAAUGGGUGUUCCUCCAAUGGCCCCGCCAAUGGGUAUUCCUCCAAUGGCCCCUCCCAUGGCUCCUGCUCCCCCAGCGAUGACGGCGAUGGUGGCAGUGGCAGCUGCGGCAGCACCACCGCCUCCUCCACCUCCUCCUGCCCCCAACAUGUCACGAUCCUCCAGUUCAGAUGGUCAGGAUCAAACCUCAUCUCUAGCAGCACAAUUGCAGAGUGCGAAACUAAGGAGAUCAAAGCAGUCGCAAGAGAACUCUGGGUCCAGUACUAGUAGCAGUGGAAGCAGCAACUAUGGGACAAUUGGCCGCAGUGGAAUGGCUUCCAUGUCAAGUAUGAUGGACGAAAUGGCUAAGACAUUAGCCCGUCGCAGGAAAGCUGCAGAAAAGAAAGAGCCCAGUGAUCAGGAUGCAGAUGCUAGUCAAGAUAAAAAGUUGUGGGACAAAAGUGGUUCCAAUGGGAAGUUUGCAAAUGGCUCGGGAUCAGAAUCGCCGAAACCAGCUCGUAAACGCUUUGGUUCCACUUCUGAGGAGAGUCCGAAAGUUAAUGGGCUGCCUGACACCACCUCGUCUGCUCCAUGCUCAGAUUUUGAAAGUUUGAAACAAGAAAUACUGAAGGAGAUGCGGAAAGAGAUGGGUAAAAUGAAGCAGGACAUCAUUGAUGUUUAUUUAAUUCAGCAGUAUUUAUAUUUGUUUUAUUAUACAUUUUUUAAAUUGUUGUCUUCAUAUGUUAGAAAUUGUAAAGUGUAG